GUUUCAAAAAAAUUUGUAUCAUAAAUUGUUUUAGUCACGGAAAUAAUUUGAAGAUAUAGUUGAUGCACAAGUUCUGUGGUAACUAUAAUGGCUCUUAUUUGGGCGUGGCGCAACGGGGUGAUGAUGCUCUUCUGACAAAGAAAGCUUUUCAACUAGCUUUACCACUUCUGUUAACGGCUAUUGUAUCAAUGAUGAUGGCAUCUGUGGCUGGAAUCACUCUUGUGGUGAGCGAUGUCUCAUGGCUUUCCCAUCUUGUAUUAGCCAUAGAUUCAGCCUUCUUGGUAGUCCUGAUGCUACUUAUCAUUCCUUAUGCUUUCUCGUCUACAAGACAAGGCUUUCUCAGACACAUCUUCUACUUUCCUUAUUUCUUGAUGCUCUUGGUUGUUAACGGAGACAGCAACAACAUGGAUGGUUAAAGAUGCUCUGUUCUGUUCUGUUUUGUAUCAUUGAUGAUGAAAGUGUUCUGUUAUGAGUGAAAGUUUUUCUUUGAAUCUAAGGAGUUUGUAAAUUGUGUUUUUACAAAGUAACCAAAGAUAAGCAACUACAAAAAUCGGUAGAGACCUUAGUUGCAGGCUUGCAGGAUCUUGUCGAUUGCAAAGAGCUCAGAUGAUCCCGACUUUGCUCCUCUCGAUUUCAACGGCCCAUUCUCUGUUUCAACAAAUAAGAAACCUAAUUUAUCUUG